GACUUGGCCAGAUUGCGCUCUUGGCCCCGGUCAGAGUGGCUGCUCUCGAGCCUCUAGCCCCAGGGCCGGCUCAGCCUCCUCCCCUGAAGGGACCGCCCGGCUGCGCCGUGCCAGAGCCGAGCACAAGGAGGAAAGUUUGGCAAGCCGGGCGGAGUUGGGCCGCCGGAGGAAGGGAACCAGGAGAGAGGGAUCUCCGCUCCAAGUUUGCGCGGCCGUCGCCGAGUCCCGGGGGCCCUGCCCCGCCGCGCACUACAGCCCCCGGACCUCAGCCCUCCCGGCGGAAUGCGCCUCGCGGUCCGGGUCCGAGGCAGGCGCUAGAGGCGCGGCCAGAGACCAAGGGGAACUUCUCUUUCGAGCUGUCGCCUUGGGCCCUCAUUGUCUGCAGGAACUCUCCGGAAUCCGGAGGGGGAGGACUGGAUCGCGCUUCCACUGGGAUUCGUCAAGAGUUCCGGCGGCAGCUGCGGCGGCUGCAGAGUCUCCCUUUGUCCUCCUAGGACCUCCCUCCCUCUUUUUCUCCCUCCCUCCCUUUCUCUCUCCCACUGUCAGUUAGUGGGUCCCGCUGCCCCAGGCGCCGGCGCCCUAGCUGCCCACUGUCCCUCACCCCGCGGUGUGUCCCUGGUGACUGCUACCCUUAGCGUCCCCACCGAAUCGAGCCGAGGGGGCUGCGAGCGGGAGGGAAGUCUCAGGCCCCUGGCCGCAGGAUGGUGGCGGGGCUGUCCCUGGCCCGCAGUCCCGGGAGCUGGCUGGUCCCCGGGCUGUGGCUGCUGGUGCUCAGCGGUCCUGGGGGGCUGGUGAGCGCCCAGGAGCAGCCCUCCUGCAGAGGAGCCUUUGAUCUCUACUUCGUCCUGGACAAGUCUGGGAGUGUGGCAAAUAACUGGAUUGAAAUUUACGAUUUUGUCAAGCAACUUACUGAGAGAUUUGUGAGCCCUCAAAUGAGAUUAUCUUUCAUUGUGUUUUCUUCUCAAGCAACCAUUAUUUUGCCAUUAACUGGAGACAGAGGCAAAAUCAGUCAAGGCUUGGAGGAUUUAAAACAUGUUCGUCCAGUGGGAGAGACGUACAUCCAUGAAGGACUAAAGCUAGCAAAUGAUCAGAUUCAGAAAGCAGGAGGCUUAAAAACCUCCAGUAUCAUAAUUGCUCUGACAGAUGGUAAGCUGGAUGGUCUGGUGCCAUCAUAUGCAGAGAAAGAGGCAAAGUUAUCCAGGUCGCUUGGGGCUAGAGUUUAUUGUGUUGGUGUCCUUGACUUUGAACAAGCUCAGCUCGAAAGAAUUGCUGAUUCCAAGGAACAAGUUUUCCCUGUCACAGGUGGAUUUCAAGCUCUUAAGGGAAUCAUUAAUUCUAUACUAGCUCAGUCAUGCACUGAAAUCCUGGAAUUGAGGCCCUCAAGUGUCUGUGUCGGGGAGGAAUUUCAAAUUGUUUUGAAUGGAAGAGGAUUCAACUUGGGCAGUCGGAAUGGCAGUGUCCUCUGUACUUACACUGUGAAUGAAACCUACACGAAGAGUGUACAGCCAGUAAGUGUGGAGCUUAAUUCUAUGCUUUGUCCUGCACCUACCCUGAAUAAAGCUGGAGAAACUCUUGAUGUAUCAGUGAGCUUUAACGGAGGAAAAUCUGUCAUCUCGAGUUCAUUGAUAGUCACAGCCACAGAAUGCUCAAAUGGGAUUGCAGCCCUCAUUGCUAUUUUGGUGUUACUGUUGCUCCUGGCCAUCGGUUUGAUGUGGUGGUUUUGGCCCCUUUGCUGCAAAGUGGUUAUCAAGGAUCCCCCUCCACCACCACCCCCUGCACCAAAAGAGGAGGAAGAAGAACCUCUGCCUACCAAGAAAUGGCCAACUGUGGAUGCUUCCUAUUAUGGUGGUCGAGGGGUCGGAGGAAUUAAACGAAUGGAGGUUCGUUGGGGUGAUAAAGGAUCUACUGAGGAAGGCGCAAGGCUAGAGAAAGCCAAAAAUGCUGUGGUGACGAUUCCUGAAGAAACAGAGGAACCCGUCAGGCCUCGACCACCUCGACCCAAACCCACGCACCAGCCUCCCCAGACAAAGUGGUACACACCAAUUAAGGGCCGUCUUGACGCGCUCUGGGCUUUGUUGCGGCGGCAGUACGACCGGGUUUCCCUGAUGCGACCUCAGGAAGGAGACGAGGGCCGGUGCAUAAAUUUCUCCCGAGUUCCGUCUCAGUAAAAGGAAAUCAGGAAGACCAAGAAGGUAUGAAGAUGGUACAUAUUCACACUGCUGAUUUUCAACCAAAUGAAAAAGAAAGUGCAUUUCAGAAGUUUUUGGAAGAGCAGCUUUAUUCCUCUCAGUCAGGAAAUGUUUUCUCUGCCUUCUGCUUUGCUUGCACCAAACAUUUUCAAACACUUGUUCUGCCAUUUACAUGGGCGUUGAUGAAACCCAGUGGUAACUCAUGAUUCAUGACACUGAAAAUAAAAAGGAACAUUAAUCUACAUGCUACGGUUUACACAGGAAAGUUUGUUUGAAUGUGUAGAAGAGGAAAAAGCAAAAACAGCAUGAAGGUGAUAUCAGAACAGGGACCACAAAACAACUGGCCAUCAUGGAUCUUUAAUGGAGAGAGGAGUGUUUAACAUGGAAACAUGGCACUUGUGUUGUUACAUGGCAAGAUGGUUAGCCACAGGCAGAGUAUGAAAUUUCCCACCAGGCUAAGCAAAUAAAGGAGUCCGUUGCCUUAGAGCUGUGUCAGAUCACAAAAUCCUUCCAAGUCCCCUACCACAAUGUGCCUUACGGGAAGCUUCUGACUGGAAAAUCUUGUCAUUCUAGCACUGCAAAGUGCACACGCAUGACAAAAUGUAGACAGGAUGCCUCAAGGUAUUGGUAGCAAGCAAGAUUUUGCCCUUUAGUUCUUGAAGACACCUUUCUUUCAUUAUGCACUCGGGAAAAGAAGAAAAUUAAUAGAGCGUUAUUCCACAGGAAGACGGCUUCUAACCAGCGAUCUUGAGUGGAGUUUAAGAGACUCAGGAUUUGAGAACUUGUCCCUGUGAUUGGUAGAUUUACCCCUCUUUUUAUGCGUGGGGUUUAGUAGUGCAUAAAGCAUUAGUAUCUGUAAACAUACCUAGGAGUUUGUUUUGUUUUUAAUUUAAGGGAAGCAGUAACCACAAAGCUUCCGCUCAGGGUUUUUUCUUCCUCCAAGUCUCCAGGGGCUCUUCAGCGUCACAAGCCAGCAACUCUCUUUGCAUGAAAAUUUCAAAGUUUAAUUAAUAUAAUUAAAGGCAACAGCAAGCAGCAGCCUGUGAAGAUUUUGCUCAUCUUUUUUAUGCCUUUUUGACAUUGAAUGACCUAUUACUGUAUGCGCAUUACUUGGAUUUUGAGGGGCACUCUACCUUGGUUAUGAUUCAGGAGAGGAAAAAAAGACCUCCUCUCAUCAAUUUGUAAAUGAAAUUUUCAGGAGGCUCGGCCACCACACAACAUCGAAAAUGUAUGUAUUGUAGUUUUUUAGAAAAACCACCGUGUCACGUCGAUGAUGCCAAAUUAUGUUAGCGUGAGCGGAAGCACUGUGGGGGAGGAAGAAGGCAGCAGCUGAAGAAAAAAGCUCAAAUGAUCUAGUCACUUUCGAUACUGUACUUCAGAUGCGAAAUGGAUAUUCGACUCGAAACCUGACAAAGCGCGCCUGCUUUGAUGUGAACUGGUCUAGACAAUGACCAGUGGCUGGGUCAGUGGGAUGUCUCUCUGCGAGCACAAAGGCUUAUCAAAUGACACUAAAAAUAAGUUCAACAACCAUCACAUUGGAAGAGAGAAGGCGAACAUUUCAUGUUUGGCGGGCAUGUGAAUGCACAUGAUGGAAAGAGCGAUUUGGAGCAUCCCAAUAUAAUUACCCCCAUUGUGCUCUUAAUGGAAAUUUCAAAGGACGGAAGUGAUUCUGUUGGUUGGUGUCCAGAUUUGCGGCACUGCUCCAAGAAGCCUUACUCACACACACAAAUAUAUAUAUGCAUAUAUAUAUAUCCUCUAGCUUGAAUCUUUUGCUCAAGUUUAUUUAUGUCACUGGCUGGCUGGAUCCAAAGUCAUGUGUCUACAUAUGCAUAAAUAAAAUUUUACCUGUG